CCUGAGCGGAUUGUUUACUUUUCUUCUGACUCCGUUAAACACACAACAACGUUAAUUUAGGAGCAUUUAAACGGGUCGGUUUUGGUGUUUUGACCGUUACAACCUUUAUGUGUCAGUCUUUAUCACGUUUACCGAUAUUAACCGGACGUUUUUGUGUGGUUUGUGGAGGAUAAAACGCCUCAUUUCCUUACCGAGAGAGAGAGAGGCAGAAAGUCAAGCGAACAUGUCCGCGGAGCUGCGGAUGUUCCCCGCCGGAGCAGCGGAGGGGUUCGGCGGCGUGGACCCCCGCAGCAGCCCGCCGGCAGAGAUGGAGACCCUGCGGAUGUUCGUUAACAAGCGGCUGACGGCGGCGGUGGACGACAUCUUGGGGCUGUUCGGGGAGACCGUGGCCCGGUACCGGGAGCAGAUAGACCGCCAACGGGGACAGCUGGACAAGCUGAGGUCCGAGGAGGACAAGUGGAGCCAGGCAGACCCCGAGCAGACGUCCUCCUGGGUCAAACUCUGCCCUGAUGAUCCCAUCCGAAGCGUCCCGCUGGACCGGACGGACCGGACGGACCCCGAGCAGACGUCCUCCUGGGUCAAACUCUGCCCUGAUGAUCCCAUCCGAAGCGUCCCGCUGGACCGGACGGACCGGACGGGUGAGACAGACUCGGUCUUCUCCGCCGCACGGAUCAAAACGGAAGUCGGCGACGAGGACUGCGGCGCUUCUGAACCAAUCGGCGACGGCCGACAUCUCGCCGAGUCAUCCAACACGGAAGACAGCGGCGACUGGGGAGAGGCGCCGGGACUUUGGAGACCGGAGCAGACGGAAGAAGAAGAAGCUCGGGGACAAAGAAGUCCACCUCCGGGCGGGACGGCUCCCCCGAGCUCCGCCGAUCCGCCGCCGCCGCCACGCCCGUCCCAGCCGGCGUUUAGCUGCAAAGUUUGCAGCGAGUCCUUCAAGAGGAUCGGCCGCCUGACCACGCACGCCGCGGCGCACCCGAGGGACUGCGGCCUGUGCGGGAAGCGCCUGGAGCCCGCCGAGAGCCUGGAGCUCCACCUGCGCGUCCACCGGGACGCCGCGGCGUUCCGCUGCGGCGUCUGCGGCCAGGGCUUCACGCUGCGCGGGAACCUGCACACGCACCUGAGGAUCCACACGGGCGAGCGGCCGUUCGGCUGCACCGUCUGCGGCAAGAGCUUCGGCCGGCGGGCGUCGCUGGUGCGCCACGUGCGCAGCCACACGGGCGAGAAGCCGUUCGUGUGCGCCUACUGCGGCCGCGGCUUCGUGGAGAAGGGGAACCUGACCGUGCACCUGCGCACGCACACCGGCGAGCGGCCGUACCGGUGCGCCGUCUGCGGCCGGCACUUCAGCCAGCGCUCCUGCUUCUACAAACACCCGUGUCAGAGGAAAGCCUGUCGGCGGCCUCCGGCGUCACACGCCAAGAACACCCACGGCGAUUAACGGCUAGCAGCUUAGGGCUGGGAAAAAAAAUCUAUUUGAUUUCAAAAUCGAGUUGGUAGGUCAAAUCGAU